AUUUGAAAUACCCUCUCAAAUUAUGUAAUUAAGAAGUGGAACACUAAAGUAACCUCCUAAAAGAUAGUGUAUAUCUCCUUUAUAAGUUUUUUAUGCUGAAAAAGCACCUCAAAUGAAAAAAGAUGGUAAAAUGAAACCCUAAGAAAUCUUAACAAAGAUAAGAGAUAUGUGGAGAGGUUUAGAUGAAGAGGAAAAAGAAAAAUAUGAGGAUGAUUUUGAAAAAAUGGAAGCAAAAUAUAAAGAAGAUUUACUUAUGUAUUAUGGAGGGAGUGCAUAAGAUUUGAAAAAGUACAAAACUUUAAUAGAAAUUCCUGAGAAACCAAAGAGACCUGUAUCUGGUUGUUUAGUUUAUUUAGCAGAGAAUAGAAAGUAAUAUUCUGAAGAACAUCCUGAUUUUACAUAAGCAUAAGUAUCAAAAGCUUUAGUGGAUCAAUUUAAUCAGCUUUCAAAUAAAGAAAGAAAGAAGUAUGAUGAUGAAUUUGAUAAAAAGCUAGAAAAAUAUCAUAAGUAAAUGGAAGAAUGGUCAAAGUAAAAAUUUAUAAAUUAAUAAUUAGAAAAUAUUCAGAGAAAAGAGAAUAAUUUGAAUUAUUAGUUGAAGAGAAGUUUAAAAGAUCUGCUACAAAAUAAGAUUUAUUAUAUUAAGAAUUACCUCCUUUUAAAAGAGGUCCUAGAAAAAUGAAAGAUGAAGAAGAGACCGCUUAAUAAAAAUAAUAAAAAGUUGAUAAGAAUGAAAAAAAUGAUUAAAUUAAAAAAGAUGAUAAAAAAAAGGAUGACAAGGAUAAGUAAAUAUUAAAAAAUAAUAAAAUAGUAAAAAAGGAACUAAAAAUAACAAAGAUUAAGUUAAAGGUGAAUCAAAGAAACCUAACGAGAAAGAUGUUAAAGAUAAAAAAGAUAUGAACAGAAAAAAAUGAAUUGGCA